AGCGGCUGCCGAGCGGCCGUGUCCGUUUUCAAAUUUUUUUUUUCAAAAACAUGUGAUAUUCUGUUGUGUCAUUUCAACAUUGUGUACAUAAAAUAGUAAUCAUGAGUGCAUUUGGUUUUGGUGACCAACAAACCACUCAAGCACCUUUUGGAGGAUUUUCUUUUGGUCCUAGCAGCACCUCCGCACCUAGUUUUACCGCGCAACCUGCUUUUGGCACAUCCACAUUUGGAUCUUCAGCCCCAGCAUCUGGCAUAGCUCAGACGGCACCUUCAUUCUCAACAACGGGAUUCCCAGCUUCCAGUGUCACCGGUUUUCCUGCUUCUAGUGGCACAGGUUUUCCUGCUUCUAGUGGCACUGGCUUUCCUGCUUCUAGUGGCACCGGCUUUCCCAUUUCUAGUGGCACGGGUUUUCCGACUCUGGGCCAAACUGCAGCAUCUACAUCUAGUGGCUUUACAUUUGGUGGUUUUGGAACUACUGCCCCUGCAAGUUCUGUUGCUUUGGGCACUGGAACAUCCUUGCUACCUGCUGCCACUACUGCAUCGGUGGGUUUAGGUGGUGUGGAUGUGCAGUCAUCUACUGCUACAGAUGGUGCUAAUUUAUCCAGUAAAAAAGAUUUUAAAGCUGCCAAGGAAUCACAAACCCCAAAUGAAAUUUCAGUUAUUGUGGAAUCUUUUAAAAAAUAUGUUAAAGAACAGAAAGCUGUUCGUGAAGAAAUGAGUCGAGUAUCGAGCAAAAACAUUGCUCGAGUUCAAGAACAAGCAGCUGCACUCAGGCAGCAAUUGUCUGUUGUCUCAAAUGGCCUUCAGAGGAAUGCAAUUGCUAUUGCUAAACUGAAAGAAGAAUCAAAUAAGGAACUGAAGAAUGCUGAAAUUGCUCAAAGAACUAAAGAUGCUCCAGCUUCUCUACAGUAUGAAAACAGUGCACCUACAGAAUACUUUCACGACUUGGCAAAUUCCUUCGAAAAACAGAUGCAGACUUACAGACAACAAAUUGAGCAACUGGAAAGGCAUUUGUUAUCAUUGUCCCAACCGUAUUCUCUGACACCAAAUGAAUGGACUGCAAUUCGCCGUCGCCUCCACGACACUUUUGUUACAUUGGCGGCUCAAUUACAGUCUGUUCACCAAGAAGUACAGGUUUGCAAAGAACAUCUGAUGAAUAGUCAAAAGCUGAACCACAGUGAUGUUAGAAACUUGUAUGAAAAUUUACUGCGAGAAACGGUCAGGGACAGUAUUCCUCAAAAAUACUUGCCUGCUGAUGUGACUUAUGGGCCAUCUCCAUUUGCAGCUUUGCAAAGUGCGGUUGGGAAAGCAAUAAAAGGAUUCAGCCGUUCACAGCAACUCCCUGGUUUUGCAGGAUCAAUGCAACCAUCUUUCAUAUCAAGUCGAGUAAUAUCCUCAACGUCUUUCAAACCACUAGGUCCUUCCGGAGUGCCUUCCUUGAGUGGAUCUAGUUUUGGCGAUUCCUUAGGUCUUGUCGGCGUCAAUGCUGCCUCAUCUGCCUUUGGUACCUCACUGGACAGUCAGAAGCCUUUUCAAUUGCAGAAACCCCCUGCAGGGAACAAAAGAGGCAAGCGGUGGACGAGCACGUGAAGAGCCCAACUACAUAACUUAUUUUGCUUUAUAUAUUUAGCUGUAAAU